UCUGACACAUGCAUGUCCGAAACUCCAGACACGUGUCCUUGGAAACACGUGUUCUCCGACAUCUCCAAUCGUCUUCAGAUGCUGGAAAUGGCGUUCAAAGAGCAGGUCAUCGCUCGAGAAGUUAUGGAGAAAGAAGUACUGAAUCAGUCUGACGUGAAUGGAAUGCUGGUGGAGAAGCUCUCUGCCAUUCUCCGCAAACUGGACUCUCUUCACGAACAGUACCGAAUUAUGAGAAUGUCGCUGACUUCAGUAGAGAACAGGGUCCAAAGUGAUGAGGUGAUGGGUGCGGGGAUGGUACUGGUGAUCGUUUUCGAACUCCUGCUUAUCCUCGUUCCUCAGAAGUAUCUCUCUGCUUUGUACCUCCGACCGGUUAGGGCCGGGGUCGUUGAGAAGACCACACUGGAAAGAGAACCUCGUCCGGCUGUAGCAACAGGCUGUACUAACGGAGCCACCCUUGUGAACAGCAAUAACACUCAGACUAAAAAUGGGGUGUUGUCGUAUUCUCCUAAACACGGGGUCUCCUUGAAGAACGAGAUCUGUAUCGUGGUCCUAAACAAGGACAACGGUUUCCUGGUGCAGACACUCACGGACACUUUACUCCGCGGACUCGAUGGCGUCAGAGUGGCCAUCAAACCACACAUUUUGAUUCAGAGCCAGGACGAGGUUCGCUGUCUCCCUCGGGUCAAGCUCUUCAUGGUUUUUGUCGACUGUGACAAAGGAGGCACAUCGACGUCCAGCCUCCUGGGACCUGGAUCAGGGUCCCCUGCCUCGGGAAGCCGUCCCAGCGCUGCCGGUGUGGAGCUUACCGUAUCGACUAUAAGAUAUGUCCAGUCAAUCACAGGUCAGUUAAUCAUCACAUUUACCAACGAUGAAGGCUCGCGUCGCCUUACGGCCAACGCUAUGUAUAAUUCGAAUCUGAAACCCGUGCAUUCCCACGAGAUUUUACGAGACUUUGCUGCUAAGGGACGUCUGUUCACGAUGUACAGGGAUAUGACGUCACAUCAAAUUAGUCACAUGAGGAAGUUGAUAAUGACAGCUCUUAGUUUCAGAACUGGGCUUGUUCCAAGCAGGGAAGACAGAUGAAGCAGUGUAUGUGUAAUUAAUUGGUUUUGAAUCCCUGAAGAAAAGCUCACCGUGAUCGUGGCUUCCAAGUAUUUGCUUUGGCGAUUUUGAUGUGUGUCUAUGCCUACCGUGAACGUUGUAAGCUAAUGUGUGUCCAAAGUUAGACAGUGUCUCCACUUUUUCUUUUGGCGACGAAGGUUGGCCUUGCAAAGCUGCGGGUAUUAACGCGUGUGACUGAGGAAAUGAAGUUUUUGCAGAUUUAAAUGACGCAAGUCAGUAUUGCGUGUCUAACGUAUUUAUCUUGUUAGGGUUUAUAGUACGGCCUGUAAUACAGCGUGAGACGGCUGUAUUUCACAUAGAACGGAGGCAGGGUUCCAUCAAGAUAAUACAUCAGAUCCGGCCAUCAAAAUGUAACCUCGUUCCUUUUUUUUAAGUGUAGAGAUGUUUUCCAUAAUACCAUUUCCUCUCCGUAGGCAUCGUAAGCAAAUCGGAAAAUAUCCACGAGCACUUGAAGGGUUUGUGCCGUGUAUAAAAAAAUCGACUUCGCCAGGACCAUCGCCAGACAUGGAGGCAAACAGCUGGAGGUUCUUGUUUGGAUCAACACUGUGCAUGCUCUUAUUCUUAAUGUCGGACUUCACAGCUUGUUGCAAAAUGAAGCUGUUGGAAUAUUUUUCAAGACCAGAUGGAUUUAUGCAGCGGUUUAUGAUUUAUGUUUAAUUUUUACGAGAAAUAAACUUCUGCUUUCAAAUCACUUUCCAAAGUCGAUUCAAAUGACCAAAAGUUGGCCUGCUGGUGUAAUUAGCAUAGCGUGUUGACUUCCCAAAAGACUGGCACUGGAGAGUACGUACAAAAUUCACAUUUUAACCACGUUUACUGACUAUUUAUUCAGACACUGUAUUAUUUCAUUACUUUCUAAAUAUAUGUAUCAGAAUAAGUUCUACAUCCGUACAACGAAAUGUCCAAUGGCAUAACACUCUUUUAUUAUAUACAGUAAAAAACCGUUAGACAUAAAUUUUAUCCUAGAGCUUUGGUUCUUAAAAGAACCUUCAGUCUUAUUUAUUUAUCUAACUUCUUCCUGAGGAAAUUUUGUUUAAAGAGACAGAUUGAUAUAUGUCCAUUGUAUUCUGUCUUCAAAAAAAGUGAUUGAAGUAAUUAGAUUGCUUUCAAAUCUGAUUGUUUUAAGCAGUACAUCUGCUGGCUUAAUGAGAAAAGCACUAAUUUAUCCGCUUAACAGGUUUUCUUAAGAUGUUAAUGUUAACAAGUGCUUUGUUUUUUCCCUUGAGAUAUGCUAUUGAAAGGCAAUUAUUUUGUCAGGGAAAGUUGCUAUAUAGAGAACACAGCGAAAUCAAACUGAAAUGUCAAGAAACGCCAUAUGGAAAUAAAUGUCAUGAGUUGUUGAAAAAAAAAUUGGUGAAAAUGUGACAGUGUAAUAGUGUUUGUUUGGUACUGUUUUUGUUUUAUCUUUGUUAAUAUAC